AUGACAAGGAAGCAGAUAUCGGAUAUUCUGUCUUCAGCAAGAUCAGAAAACUCUCUGUACAACCUUACAAAGAGAUUCCUGAAGCUUGUUGAUGCAUCACCAGAUCGUAAUGUAAACAUCCACCAGGCAUCUAUAGAUCUGAAUGUAGGUAAGAGGCGCAUAUAUGACAUUACAAAUGUGCUGGAAGGACUUGGACUGCUGAGCAAGUGGUCGGUGAGCAGUGCGAAGUGGAUCGGCGGAAACAUCAACAAGUAUAUCAGUGAGGAUGAAGAAGAAAACAGUGGAAGAAACAAUAAGAGCAAUAAGAAUGCAUCUAAUGAAAAGGAUCUGGAUGAUAUCCUGAAUGAUCUGAAUGAAGAAAUCUCUUUGCUUUCUGAAUCUGAAAAAAAUCUUGCAAAUGCAUAUGUUACAUACGCAGACCUUCAAGGACUUUCUUCAUUGAGUGACAGUCUUGUAUUUGCAGUAAAGGCGCCUUCUGAAACAACAAUGGAGUAUCCAAGGCUUGAAAAAGGCGUUUACAAGCUUAGACUAAGUUCUGAACAAGGUGCGAUCAGCAUAUUCUAUGUUUCUGACGAUAAGCGUGAUUGA